AUGGGCGCAUGUGUGAGCAGGGAGCAGCCGUGCGGACGAUGCGUGAGGGUGGGCAAGGCCGAGAGCUGCCAGCUGCCGCCCAUACGCAAGCGCGGCCGCCCACCACGCAAGACCCCCGCACCCGACGAACAACAACAACCGCCGCACCACCACCAACGCCAGCCGCCACCACUGCUCCCCGCCAUCACCACCAACAUCACCACCACACAGGCUCAGGCAGCAAAGCGCCUCUGCAUCCGGCCCGGCGACACCAUCAACCAGCCACCAACACUACCGCCACUGGGUGUACACCCAGCUGCGCCGCCUGCCGCAUGCUGGCAGUACCCACCUGUAGCCCCUCUUCCCCCGCAACUGCUCUACGCCACAGCCGCCGCCACCGCUGCCGCUGCUGCCACCGCCAACCCACUAGCGCCCUGCGCCGCCGCCACCAGCUUCUCUUCGCCGUCAUCGUCGUCGUGGUCAUCACCGAAGGAAGAGGACGGCGCGUCGUCGUCGCCUUCACAGCCCACUGCGCCCGGCCACCAGCGAUCCGCGCCGCUGCAGGCUCAGACGGCGCCGGCGGCAGGCCAGGAGCAGGAGCUGGGACAGGACGCGGGGCUGCGGUCGCUGCUGAUGCUGGUGCGCGAGAUGCGGCGCGAGAAUGAGCGUCUGCACGACAUCAUCGCCCAGCUGUGCGCCACGCAGGAGGCGACCGAGCGCAGGCUGGCGCGCGUGGAGGCGGACGACCAGACCAAGAGCCGCCAGCUCGAGCAGACACGCAUCGAGCUCAACCAGAAGAUCGAGGCCAUGACCCACCGACUCGAUCAGGUCUCUGCCAACGCACACGCGAGCCCGAAUGCGUUCCAGUCAUUCCCGUCAUUCCAGUCCAUGCAGGUGGCACCAGCGCCAGCACCAGCACCACCAGCGCCGCAGCGAUGGGACGCCUAUCAUUUGCCACCACAGGCACACCUGCGUGCGGGCGUGGGCCGGCCGCUCGUUGCCCCCGAGGAGGCCACGUCGCGAGUCGAACUUGAGCGCUAUAUCGCGCACUGCAUUCCGUUUCUGCAGGAGUAUGAUGCCUCGUCGCUCAUCAUCCGCGACUUGCGCCUGCCCUUCCUGAUCAUGGAAAUACUCGAGGCCGAGACGAUGGACGACCUGGACACGCCCGUCAUCGUGUACGCGUCACCCUCCUUUUGCCAACUCCUCGGCUACGACAUGUAUGAGUUGGACGGCCUUCUCGUGUCUGUUGUGGGUCCGCCGGCGCCUGAGACUCUGACGACGUUCGUGCGGCUGAUGCUGAUGCGAUCGCCCACGCCCGUCGCACACCCAUUCUUUGUGACGGCAAGCGUCUUUGUCACGAAACAGGGACGCGGCGUGCGAACAACCAACCGGCACCAAUUCCUCUACGACCGACAACGAAGGGCAAGAUGGGACAUCAUGCAAGUGUACUGCAUUCACGAAAUGGACGUGGAGACGGCGGUGCCCAUGAGGUCGCUUCGUAGCAUCGUGCACGAUCCGAUCGCCCGAGCGCACCUGCUCACCCAUCUGCCGCACUCACUGCUCUUCGGGGGCCGCAGCAGGUUGGCCACCGGACCGCCCGCCUCGUCGACACACCACCACCACCACCGAGAUCAGCACCAGCAGCGCGGCCACAACCACCAGCAGCCCGAGACGAACUUAGAGGCAUCGCUUGUCGAGCACGCCGUGAUCACAGCGCAGGAGGAGGCAGCGCUUACGGCCGCGCUCGCCGGGCAGCAAUCACCACCACAGCCGCAGCCGCCGCCAGGCCGAGACGCGACGGCGCACGAACAACUGCGGGCAGAAGACGCCAACACCCCCCACAACGCCAACAACGACGAGCUGGAGGAGCUCAUACGGGUACUCGGCUCGCCGCACCAGACCAGCAGCGGCGGCGGUGGCUUCAACUCGCGCCCGCCGCCCGCGCCCACCAGCCUCGCCGAACGGUGGCUGCACUGA